CAUUGAGCAUCCAACUAUAAUUAGGAAGUUCAAGGCAGAGUUGCAACAACUUAUGGCACUGCCGCCUCCUUGCUUGGCCACAGCGGCAAAAGCUCCAGAAGUGGCUGCCAAAAUGAUGGUGGCCACCGAUCGUGGGGAUUGCCAGCGCCUGAAAGAACUGGUGAACAAGGAGGAUGCUACUACAAUGGUGGUGGUAAUGUCUAGGAAAGAAGCACCGGCCAAGAAGCAUACACCAGCGAGCAUGCAUCCGCUGCUAGCAGAGGCAGCAUGCACAGGCAACUGGGAAGAAAUUAUCUUUCUUCUCGAGGGGGGAGACCUGCAAGAAGGGCAUUCAAGUAAGAUGUCACUUCUGAAGGGUGUUAACGUGGAGGGAGACACCGCACUACAUUUGGUUGCAGCCAAUGGGGAGGGCAACAACUCCGUGGAGUGUGCCGACCUCAUCCACGGCAAGGAUAAAGGCUUGCUGUCCAGGCAAAACUACAAGGGUGACACGCCACUGCACUGCGCUGCAAGGGCAGGGAAGUCCCAAAUGUUCUCUCAUCUUAUUGUUCUAGCAACUGGCGACAAUAUAGUUAAAGACCUCGUAAGACAAGAGAACAAUAGUAAUGAGACCGUCUUGCAUGUGGCUAUCCGUAAUGGGGCUCAUGAAUUGGUCGAGGAUUUAUUGAAAGUCGAUCCAAACUUGGCUUGUUUUCCCCAACAACGCACUUCGCCACUGUAUCUAGCAAUCCUACUGGAACACGAGACCAUUGCGCAGACGCUGUAUGAGAAAAGUGAAAAUAAUGUUCUCUCCUAUUCCGGCCCAAAUGGACAAAAUGCAUUGCAUGCUGCGGUUCUGCGAGGCCCAGAGGUUACAAGAAAGUUAUUGAAAUGGAACAAGAAUAUGGACCUUACAACAGGAAGGGAUGCAAAUGGUAGUACGCCACUUCACUUUGCAGCAGGCCUGCCAGGGGCAGGAAAAGAAGGAAGCGCGUGUGCACAAGUGUUUGACGCCACCACAUCUGUACUCUACCAACCGGACAACGAUGGAUUAUCGCCCAUACACGUGGCGGCCGCUGCGAGAGCGGCUGAAGAUCCCAUUGCCAAGUUCGUGAGCAAAUGUCCCAGUAGCGCCGGUUUGCGUGACGCUAAGGGGAGGACGUUCCUUCAUGUUGCUGUCGAGAAGAAGAAUGAGAGGGUGGUCAGAUAUGCCUGCAAUAUGGAUCGAUCUCUAGCAUGGGUUCUGAAUAUGCAAGACAACCAAGGGAACACUGCACUGCACCUGGCUGUAAAAGAUGGAAGCCAUGCUAUAUUCCGUCUUCUGUUUGGAAAUAGGCAAGUCAACUUGAAUUUAACAAAUGAGGACGGGCAAACUCCUCUAGACAUAGCGCUGUAUAAUAUCCGCCCUUCUUUCUAUGAGAGCAUUACGGCGAACCCUGAAGUCUGGAUAGGUGCGGCUCUCGAAUUUGCCGGGGCUAGAGGAGGUGCAUCUCGCAAGGACCAUUUUCGUGAAAACUAUGAAGAUCGUCAUGGAGUAAAGACGAACUACGCAGAAAAAGAGCUGGAGAUGCUGAAGGAUUCGACACAGUUCCAAUCCAUUGGACCGGUUCUAGUAGCCACCGUGACGUUCGGUGCGAUGUUUGCCCUGCCUGGUGGUUACAGAGCUGAUGAUAGCGAUUACGGAGGUACACCUACACUCGCUGGGACGUUGGCCUUCCAUGCAUUCAUGGUAACCAACACAUUGGCUUUCAUCUGUUCCACGAUUGCUACACUUGCUUCCAUGUAUGCGGGGUCUGCAAUGCUACACUUGGAGAGACGCAUGGCCCACUUUUACUGCAGCAUAGAAUUUAUGCAUACUUCCAUCAUGGCCUUGGCGGCUGCCUUUGCACUCGGUGUGUACACGGUGCUAUCUCCUGUCGCUCAAAAGACUGCCAUUGUGAUCUGUGUCAUGAGUCCUCUUGUGGUGCUAUACAGCUUGAAGGACUUUUGGCUGAAUUGGGCCCGUUUUGCAAUGCCAUUGUAUGUUAGGAAAGGGGCAAUCUGGACAUUGCGGAAGUAUACGGAGGUAGUCCUGGUAAACAUGCUAUCGGGAAACAUGCUCUGUGUAUCUUGGCUCAUAAUGAUGGUUGCUUUGCCCUCCUAUUACCAUCCCAUUUCAAAGGCGGUAUCACCAGCACAAGCUCCAGCCACGUUUGCUUGAAGACAGCUGAUGAAUAUCAUCAUCAUGUGGCGUGUCUCCACUCUUCAUAAUUAUUUUCUAUUUUGAAAAUCCCCUCAGUGUACUCUUCAUAAGACUUUCAGCUCAAUACUGUGAUUUAAAGCUGUGAACGAAGACUGUAUUUGCCAGCAUAAUAUAAUGCUAUUAUUGAACCUAAA